AUGAAAGUAUCUGGAUCGCUCUUCAGGACAAACGCGAUUCCCAUCUCCAAACCUGUGCGAUUGGUGCCAAGUUUCAAUUACUUUGCCCCAAGCCCAACAUGGCCAAUCACACUGGAGAGAAAUAAUAGCGUACAAUUAGAAGCACAAUCAUCGCUCUCUCUUUCUAAGGGGCCAAGUAUCUUCAAAAGGUCUCAAUUCUUGUACAUUCAGAGCAAGGAUGGUGCGGACAAAGAGAUAGAUCCUCGAAAGCAACAACAAAACGCAAACUUGGGCUCUACGAUUGAUACGCUCAAGGAGCUCAUCCCUCAGAUUGCUUCCAAAUCAUUGCCAAAGCAACUUGUCUCUCCUGAAGUAUUACUUAGGGUCUGCCCCACACAUUUCGAGGAAUUUAAUGCUUAUUUACCAGCUAUCAAGGGCCAUGUUCCCUACUACACCAGCUGUAAGGUUUUACAAUUCCUUUUAACUUCCAUAGUGUUAACUCCUAAUGUGCAGCUCCACAUACAGUCCAUUCGAGCUACUACGGUGAAUGACAGGAUAUUCCCUUACUAUUCAGUUUAUCCGGACUCCACCAAGAUCAAGGUUCGUUGGACGACCUCCACAGAAAGAAUCCAUAACAUUAACGACGACACUACCUUGUUAAAAGGUUGGUCAAAGGUUGCAACUACAAAGUUUCUAGAUAAGCACAAUAUAACCAGCGAUGAUAUUAAGAAAUCUUCCAAAUCUGGGGGUAUUUCGUCUACGCUUGCUGAGUUGACCUCAAGUAUCAAGAACUUGGCAAACGAUAAGAAGAAUAACUUAGAAAGAGUUAUUUCUGGGAUAUUUAUCUUCGAAUUAAACGAAGACAACGAUAAGAUCAUCGUGCACACCAUUGAAGACAUUGAUAUACUUGAGAAGACUGAAACUCAAGAGAAUCUUGAUGGUGGUUUAAGGGUUUGUUAA